AUGGAUCCUGUGCGGGCCCGAUCCUGCUCCAGGUUCAUCCCCGUUCUGGACCGGGAUCAUCCCCAUUGCCAUGACCGGACCCGGUGCCAUUAUGGAUCCUACAACAGGAUCGACCCCGGUCCAGGUUCAUCCCGGUCCAGGUUGAUCCCGAUUCGGUACCGGGAUAGUCCCCAUUGCAUUGACCAGAACCAGCGCCGUUACGGAUCCCAGUGCGGGACCAUUUCCCGGUCCAGCCUUAUCCCACUCGGGAUCCCCCCACUCGGGGUCUCCCCCCCCCCCAUCCCUGGAUCCCCCCCUCUGGAUGUGCCCCCCCCCUCACUCGUGUCCGUGUCCGCAGGGGCUCCGUGGCGGGCGCUGUUCGCCCUCCUGGGGCUGUGGCCGGGGCUGUGGCCGGGGCCGUGCCCGGUCCUUGCGGGGCCCCCCCGCCCGCGACCCCCGGACCCCCGCACCGAGCUCGACGCCAUCGUCAGCCUCGCCAAGGCGCUGCUCAGCGACACCAAAGCCUUCCUCGCGCUCCUCAAGUCGCGAUUCCCGGCCGAAGGGGAGCAUAAACUGGAUUCGCUGCCCGUGCUCUCCAUGAGCGCCCUGGAGCUCGCCAAUAUCCAGGCUGCGGCAGCGCUCUCUCGGCUGAGCUCGGACCUGCAGCGCUACCGGCGGCACCUGGAGUGGCUGCGCCGGGCCGGGCCCGCGCUGCGCCCGCUGGAGCCGGAGCUGGGAGCGCUGCUGGCGCGCCUGGAGCGCCUGGGGCGGAGCCUCGACCUGCUGCUCUCCCGCCUGAGCCUCCCCCAGACCCAGCGCCCCCCAGACCCCGCGCCGGCCCCGGGCUCGCCCUGGGCCGCGGUCCGCGCCGGCCACGCCGUGCUCCAGAGCCUCCACCUGUACCUGGACUGGGCCUCGCGGGCCCUGGUGCUGCUCCGCAAUAAGCUGUGACCCCUAUUUAUUGAUAUUUAUUAGCCACGCCCCUAUUGUAUUAAUUAUUAAUUA